GUAUUUGUUGUGAAAUAAUGUCGUUUUAUCUCGUCGUAAUAUUAAAGUCUGUCCCAAUACGAAUGUUCAUUAUUCUUUAUUUUCUCUAUAUAAUCACCCAAUACACGUCCGAAAUCUAUCGAGCAUAUUUUACUACUACACUGUACUUAUUAACGCAAAACUAAAAUGAGUGGACGCGGUAAAGCCGGCGGCAAAUCGAAAGGAGGAAAGUCAAAGACCAGGUCGUCCCGUGCCGGAUUGCAAUUUCCAGUCGGUCGUAUUCAUCGUUUACUGAAAAAAGGAAACUACGCAGAACGAGUCGGGGCCGGCGCACCCGUUUAUUUAGCGGCCGUCAUGGAAUAUUUGGCCGCUGAAGUAUUGGAAUUGGCCGGUAACGCUGCCCGUGACAACAAAAAGAGUCGUAUCAUACCCAGACAUUUGCAAUUGGCCAUAAGGAACGACGAAGAACUGAACAAAUUGUUGAAUGGCGUUACGAUCGCUCAAGGUGGUGUUUUGCCCAAUAUUCAGGCAGUUCUAUUACCUAAGAAAACCGAAAAACCAAAGACCUCGUAAACUCCUCUUAGUUUGUUAACAAUCUAUACUAAAACGGCCCUUUUCAGGGCCAUCAAUUUUGA